AUUAUAAAAGAUCGAUGAAUGGUAUGGAACAUGCAACUUGGUUAGUAGAAAAAACUUCAUUUUCUACAUAAAAUUUCAUUUUUAGCGAAGUGAUAAAAUUCAGGAUCUGGUGUGAAACUAUGGCAGCUUGUAAUUGACGAAGAACCGAGCUUUCCCUUCCAACCACAGCCAGAGAAGAAAUUUAAAAAGAAAAGCUAGCGGUAGAUAAUCUUCAAGCAACAAUCCAACUCCUCUGUCACAAACUUGGCCCUUCACUCCUGCCGGCUGCCGCUGCGAUGAUCGUUCCCGGUACGUAGAUCAGUGGGUGUCUCCGCUCUACAAAUUAAAAUCCUCUCCCUUUCUGUCGAAGCUGUGCUUCCCUGUCUCAGAGAGAGGGAAAAAGGGUGGGGUGAAGGAAGCUGUCUCCGUCUUCUCUCUAGAUUACUGUCACUCGUCCCGCGGAGGGAGAGAAAGAGACAGAUGACAGCAAGCGAGGAGCCACCGGCCGAAAGUGGCAUCACCACCACCUCACCAACGGCAGCACUGACGGCGGCGCCCAUCUCCAGCGACGCGAAGGAAGCGUGGGUGUGGGAGCAGAUCAGGCAGGAGGCAAGGAGGGACGCAGAGGCGGAGCCUUCUCUGGCCAGCUACCUCUACUCGACCAUCCUCUGCCAUCCUUCCCUCGAGCGCGCCCUUUCUUUCCACCUUGGCAACCGCCUCUGCUCCCCAACUCUUCUUUCCACUCUACUCUACAAUCUCUUCCUCGACUUGCUAUCGUCCUCCCCUUCCCUCCGCUGCGCCGCCGUCGCCGACCUCCUAGCCGCGCGCCUCCGAGAUCCCGCCUGUUCCUCCUUCUCCCACUGUCUCCUCAACUACAAAGGCUUCCUUGCCCUCCAGGCCCAUCGAGUCUCUCACAACCUCUGGCUCCAGGGCCGCUCCGCCCUAGCCCUUGCUCUGCACUCCCGCAUCUGCGACGUGUUCUCCGUCGACAUCCAUCCUGGUGCUCGCCUUGGCUCCGGCAUCCUCCUCGACCACGCCACCGGAGUCGUCAUCGGGGAGACCGCCGUCGUUGGGGACAACGUCUCCAUCCUUCACCAUGUCACGCUCGGGGGAACCGGCAGGACUGCCGGCGAUCGCCAUCCGAAAGUUGGUGACGGUGUCCUCAUUGGCGCCGGGGCCACCGUGCUUGGAAACGUGAGUAUCGGCGAGGGAGCGAAGAUUGGCGCCGGGUCCGUGGUGCUCAUCGACGUUCCUCCCAGGACCACAGCCGUUGGCAAUCCGGCGAGGCUCGUCGGCGGACGGGCACACCCGGCGAAGAACAAUGACCUCCCCGGCGAGAGUAUGGAUCAUACCUCGUUCAUUAAUCUGUUGGCGGAGUUCGCUGGUUGAUGUCGUCUGUUUCCAUCUUCUUCUUCAUGGUUUUUUUCUUCUUCUUUUCCAUUGUUGGCGGCUGCAGACGCUUUAUAUUUUUGGAGUAUGAGCAUGUUGUAUAGUACAGAAAUUACAGAACUCACGAAUAAAUUUGGAGAAAAUUUUGCCCUUUUUUGGUGUUA